AUGGGGAAGAGGAUACGGGAUAUCCGAUGGAUCUCCGUAUGGUGCAGGCGGUUUACGGUUGACUUCGGCGAGGUAUUCGUCCCAUCAAACAUAGAGGUACCUAAGCCUCGCGUACUUCCCGAAUUCAAACGACUAGCACACGGCUUGAGGUCGGACAACAUCAGCAUUCUGGACGCGAAGACAUUCUAUAUUCCCAAUUUGCACUAUGACGGUAACGGACCAGACGCUUAUUUCUGGGUGGGCAAUGGGUCAGAGCCCACUUCCUUUGGAAUCAAGGUGCCCAACGAGAUGGGCUCAUUGGAUCCACUUAGGAGCUAUCAGGGUGAAGAUAUUGAAAUACAACUUCCUGGAUCUUUAACUGUAUAUGACAUUGACUGGAUGUCCGUGUGGUGUGUGCAGUAUCGACUGAACUUUGGACACGUAAUGAUACCGAAGGAUCUUGAUGUUCCACCAGCACUUGGACAGACAAAGAUAUCUCCGCCUUGGUGGUAUAACCCUACCAGCACUACGCCCCGCACGAUGCUGCCGACCAACUGUCGCGAGUACCUCGAUAAGCGAUUGCAAGUGCGGUGGAAACUAGAAGACGACUCUGUGGUCAUCACUUUAUCGGCGAAGAUCAAAGAAGACCAAUUGGAGGUGAUGUCGCAGUAGCCUACUUUGAUCCAACCGAACAACAGUUCAGCGUGAUGGACUACUACAUGUCUCAUCCUUCCCAAUGUGAUGGAGAACGAGGAGUUUGUCCUGAUGACCGAGUUGGAGGAAAGAACGAUGUGUCACUCAUAUGGGGCUCCCGCGAAAACGAUAUCACUACGAUCACGUUCAGACGUCCAUUGAAAACAAACGAAGCUGUUAAUGAUCAACCGAUACCACUACAAGGAGAGGUUAGUGUUAUAGCAGCAUUUGGUCCUCUCAAUGAAAGACGGGAAGCAGAUGCGCAUGGAUUUAGCGACAAAACGACAGAAAAUUUCAAGAUAGACUUCAGUAAAGUGGAUGAUGAUCAGUGUACGAUAGAUUUAGAAGACCUGGAUUUGGACGUGCCAGCGCCUUGGCCACCCUCAAAAAUUAUAGGCGAAACAGUAUUCAAUGCACGACUAGGUCCACCAGGUAGCAAACGGGGAUACACCGCGAUCACUGGUCUUCCAUCUUGGGGAAUAGUAUGGUACCUCAAUGACCUUCUGCUACCUGAAAUAACACUUGAAAGGGGUCAAACGUACAUGUUUAUUGUGGAAGGAGGAAAUGACAACUCGCACCCCGCAAGGUAUCAUCCCCUCUACAUCACAGACUCUCCAGAAGGUGGAUUUGGACAGAAGUCAAAUGAAGAACGUCUAGCUCAAAGGGUGUAUGCCGGUGUUGAAUAUGAUCAAGAUGGAUAUCCAUAUCCUACAGCAGUCGGGAGAUACUGUGAAUGGAGACGCAGAACUGAAGAAAAAUCCUUAGAAACAGAAUCACUGGAAGAUUUCAUGAGAAGUCUACAGCUGGUAUGUGAUGAAGGAGAACCAGGCUUUAUAAACUGGACUGUCCCCUUAGAUGCUCCGGAUCUUCUCUACUACCAGUGUUACAUGCACAACAAUUUAGGCUGGAAGAUAAACGUGGUGAAUUCAGGAUACACGUCAGACCAGAAUAGCGACCUCAGGUUGAUGCCAUCAGCCAAUUUACUGUGUUUGUCUAUAUGUAUGUCUUUACUGUUAACGAAGCUUUUUUGUAUAGCUAUUGGGGUGGAAUAUCCAGAAAUAUAAUAGGAAAAAAGGGACAAAAUAUGUUUCAAUGCCACGACACUGUUCUUGUAUAGAGAAGAAAGUACUAUAACUCUACGGGUAAACGAUAUAAAGGGUGCGUUAAUCGGUACUUCUGGAUUUUGGUUUUAAAUAACACACUCAAUCUUCGAAAAAUAAUAAAAUAACAUUUUCUCAUUUGUAUAGUUUCAAGGUAUAUGCUCCGGAAGAAAUUUCAAUAAGUGGCAUAGUGAUUCUUCUAUAUGCAAGUGGCGUUGUGACAAUUUUAGUCAACGACAAUAAAAUGUAAAGCUGGUGAUGAUGUUAUGAUGUUAAGUCUUUACGUACAUUUACUAUGAAUUUUAUAUGACUUAUUUUCUAAUCUGUUUUUAAAUUAAUAUUUCAUCGUGAAUUAGAUAUCCUUGUUCGAAGUAAUUUUUACGGAAUUUGGAAAUAUAUCAACUGAAACGUUGAAACCAAUUUGGACGCGAUCAGCUUUUACAAAAAUGUUUCUUAUGAGUCAAAAUGCAACAAUAUCAACUAGUAUUGAAGUAUAGUCUCGAAGAAAAAGUUUUUUAUAUGUACUGGUAGUUGAUAGCAACUAAUCGUAGUACUUUUAAAACCAAGUUGAUGAUGUUUCAUUCCAGAGCUCAGAAUAAUUUUCUUAGCAUUAUUGUAUGUAAUAUGGUGUGAAACUACGUGCUUUGAUGUAACAUAUGACAAUAAUAUUGUGUAGGUAAUGACUAAGGGAAAAUGUAAAUAUGGAUAACUUAACUUAGUCAAUUUGUAUUUUUUACUGAUAUUUUAGUCUUUUCGAAAGCCUACCUUGUAUAUGAGUAAGUCACAGCAAAGUAAAGCUAGACUUGACUUUUAAUCGUGAGUCGAGUUCCGUAAUUGAAGGUGGAAUCAAGGAAUCUCCUUGAAGAAUGACGGCUAACUGCCGAAUCCACCGACGAUCAUUUAUAUAAAACAGACAAAUUCUAUAUAUUCUGACUGCUAACCAGACUGAUAAAAGUAAUCUGACUUACUGCUAAAUACAUCUCAUCUCACAAUUUGUGUUUCCCGAUAAUUCUUAGAGUAUGGCGUCAGUAUCGCAAAUUACUACAGGAAAUUUCCGUAGCAUUGAUAUGAUUCUAGACCGUAGCUUUGGAGGUUGUGUCUUAUUUAAAUACAUCCUAGCGAUUACUGAUUGAUUGAUAUUAACAAUGUAUCUCUAUAGCCUAAUAUUGACAAUAACUAGAGUACCUUCUUACCUACUACUAGAAACAAUUACGGUUAUGAAAAUGUACCUCUGAGUCUAUGUUUCAAUUAAGAGGUGUUUUAGGAUAAGGUUUUGAACGGGAUGUCCAAUAGCUAGACUAAUGAAAACAUUUUUGUGCGCCUAAGCUAUGCUGAAGUUGCGUUCGUUUUGUAAGCGAAGUGAAACAGUCCAAACGACAUGAGGAGGUCAGGAGGGCAUGUUUGGUUUACAGGUUGUGCAGGAUCAAAGAUGCUGAGAACUGGCCAACCCGUUGGUGGCAGUUGAAGCCGCCUCCCCAAAAUAUAGCACUAUGCUCCUUUUUAUUGGAUAAGCAGGAAUCGAUAUGAUCGGAAUUUGUGCGAUAAAAAACGGUAGUAAUUAAUCGUUUUCCUGUUGUACGGAGGUGAAGGCUCAAUAAUGGUAAAUCUACCGCAAAAACGGUAAAUCUGGAUUCGCUGAUUGCAUGCCCAGUCAAAAAAUUGUAAAUGUGGACAUUUUGAAUAUUAAAAAGAGUUUUUAAAGUACUUAGGCCUCGGGGCCUCAGGCCCACCAUAUACAAAAUUGAUUAAUUACCUGACCGUUGAGGUUCUGUAAAUGUGUUUUUUGUGUCGAAUCGGACAGCUUUUUGUGUGCCAAAAAACGUCAGCGGCGGGGCAUUUUUUUACAGACAAUUAUUAACAACAAUAGUACCUCUCGAUUUUACAGAUUUUUAUUGAUCUAUUUUAAAAAUCCUAACUGUGAGGUAAUUGACCUUAUGACGCCAUACCUGCUCCAAUAUAACAAGUAUUUACCUCGCAGUUGGGGUUUCGAAGAAUAGAUAAAAAAAAAAUGUGUAAUAUCGUGAACUACUAUCAUCGGAAAAAUUUAUGGGGCGGGUACAUGCUGUCAGACGCCCCAAAAUCAAGAAUUGCUUGUAAGAAAAACACCCCGCCACUGAGGCAUUUUGUCACAUAAAUGCCCGCAAAACAUAAACAUCAGAAAUUCUGAUUUUAUACAGAAAAAGUAAUACUUUUCAUUUUUACAAUGAUUUAAAUAAGUUAUAUCAAUUCCUUCAGCAAAAAAGCAGGUACAAAAAGAUCGGUGAGGCAAUUUAACAAAAAAAAAAUACCCCAAAGGCUAGUAUAGAAACAUCAAUACUACAAAUAAUAAGUCGCGUUAUGCACGAUUUUUUGUAGCAACGCAGCAAUCAGCAAUCGAAUACAAAACGCAUAAUUGAAUCGUGCGCAUCAUCCCGUCACCACCGCUGUUUGGCCGCUAAUCUAAGGCUAUUUUUUUUGGUGAGGGGGGAAUGCGUUUAUGCACCACACCAUAGCCCGAGCUACGGCGUGUGUGGGACUCUAGGUUGUCUUCAGGAGACCACCUAAUACCCACUAAACCCUAACCUCCGCGUGGCCCAACUCAUCAGCGUCUCGGUAGGCCAUGUGUUGUGCGUGACCUGCGGUCUGCUACAUCUCCUCAUGUGUUUCAGUCUCUGGGAACGCCGGGUUGGUUCCCUUUACCUCGCACAGUUCUAUCGAUGUCGUUAAGCGAGCAUCGAUAGAGGGUUUGCUAUGUUCUUUUGAAACUCUUGUUUUCGAAAAAUCAAGAGUUUCAAGUCCUCUUACCUGGUCCUGAUGGGUCCUGGUCUUGGUUGGUCCUGGUCCCGAUGGGUCCUGGUCCUGGUGGUUCCUGGUCCUGGAGGGUCCUGGUCCAGAUGAGUUCUAGUCCUGGUCGUCCUGGUCCUCGUCCUCUGCUUCCACGCCGUGGGGAGGAGCAACCGCGAGCUCUCCUAGUCAAGGUUCCAGUUAUCGCCUGCCAACUGUGACUUGGGUCUAGGGUACUUGACUCCGCGGUUGCGAGGCCUCUCGUCCGGAUCGUAGUCCAUGAGGAGUCCUAUCUGCUCGUUCGGAUGGCCCUGAGUUUUCUGGAAGGUCUUCUCCGCUUUUUUCCUCAUGUACUCGUGAAUGGUGUCCCAAUGCAGGUCUCUACGCAAUGUUGAGUUUCUUACGUAGGAUGGUGCACUGGUGGCGAUCCGGAGUAGCUUUAUCUCUAGAGCAGUAAGUCGCUUGCGGUAGCUGGGAGCAGCGUACCCCCAGACCGCGGAGGCGUAAACCAGCUGAGGUCUGGUUAUGGCCUUGAUUAGCCGUAGCUUGGUCGCUAGCGGCAUCCGGCUGUGUCUACCCAGUAAUAGGUAGAGUUGGGCCAUGGCUGCUCUGGUCUUUGCGAUGACAGCUUCUAUGUGAUCUUUCCAGGUGAGGGACUUGUCAAAUACGAUCCCCAGAUAUAUGACUUUGUCGCUCCACUGGAUAUCUUCGUCGAAGAUGGAUGCUUCGAGAGGUCUUGCAAUCCUUCUUCGUUGGAUGAAGAUUGCCUGCGUCUUCUGGACGUUGAUGCGGAUUUUCCAUUUCUCGCACCAGUUAAGGCUAUGUUGCACAAUGAGUUUUAUUUAUACCCUAGGGGAAGCUCAUUUGCCAAAUAUUCAAAAUAGUAGCAGAAAUCAUAUCUUCUAUAUUGGGAUGUUUUGAAGAGCAAAAAAACUCACACCCCACUUCUUACCCACUGAUUGGGUAUCUUAUUAGGAAUAUUUCACUUUGAAGCAGAAGCUAUGGAGGGCAUACUCCCCCCAAUGGGUGCCCAUGUCCCCCAAUGUUUCACUGACCAAUGAAACCACAUGUAUUUGAAAUUCUUCUUUAAUGUAGUAUAUGUUUCGGUCACAACGGUGACAUUCUUUAGUACAUGACAGCUUUGACAACAUUGUCAAAAGUGUCAUUCUCGCAGUCUCACCGAGCAGGACUUACAAGAAACAUGUCGGGCCCACGGUCUAUCCUGAUGGCUUGUCUUCACACCGAAGUAAUGGCAGUAAGCUGUCUUCACAACUGGGCUGAUGGCUUUAAAAGUUAUUUCACCACAGUCGUAAGAAAAGUUGUCGAUGGCAUUAACACACUUCCGUGGCAUUCUGAUCUGAAAUCCGGAACAUUAAUUAUCUGUUUGGGUGAUUAAACAUUUGAAACUCGAUUGAAAACGCCAGGAUGAGAAGAUUACCACAGAACAUGAACCUGUACCUCAUGUAUUCAAAAAUUGUUCAUGUAAGAAACAAUAAGAAACGUUUUUUACAUACCUGAAGAAUUACUUAACACGUUACCCAAUGAAUAUAAUGGCGCCAAAGUGAUGUCUCCCUCAAUUAAAGAUGAUCUGUUGUUAAUGCAGUUGGGGUAAGGAGGAAGAAAUAAAUUGCACCUCAUUCAAACUGUGCUUUCGUAAAAAAAACGUGUAAUAAACUGAACAAUCUUUAGUGAGACGAGCGUUCAUGAAAUUGGGUCUAAAACGAACGCAACUCGUAUAUUCGUUACCAAUAUUUCAAGUCAUCUAGAAAACAAAGACCAUUAAAAAAACAGUGCUAUUUGACAUUCUGGUAUGAUUUUCACUGGCGUAUUAUAUCGAUGCUUAUACGCGACUAUAAAUCGUUUUAAUUUAAGACAUAUCAAACUGGAUCUGGUAUAACAUGUCAAUCGUAUCAUAUCUGCAAACAAAGAUCAAAGCGUCAAUUACACUCCUGGUUUUCGAUGCAAAAAUAAACAGGAACAGUUUAUCGAUUUGUCGACAGAUUUUUUUCUGGAAUAUCUAUAUCCAACAAAGAGAAGGUAAAUAAAUUUUACUCCUGAUAUGAUACGUUUAGGAGUACGCAUGAUGUCUGAUUUCUAUAUAAUGGCCGAACUUUGUACAGGUGCAAAAAUUCAAGGAGCGGUUGCUUAGACUACGUUAAAACCAAAACCUCGACAACUAUGAUUCAAACUAUAAACAGCUUUCAACAGUCAGUUAAACACCAGGCCUUACCGAUGAAAAUAUUACUUAUUUUCAUCAUAACUAGAGGACAUUUUUGCAAAAAAAGUUUAAAACUUUGUGCUUACUAAUAAUUAUAAUGUACCUAAUUUUGCGAAACAUUGUUUCUCUUCUACAUUCCAGACAAAGCUAUUAUUUUUCGGAAAUAGUGUGGUCCAAAGUAUCACACUUUGAAUUUUUACCACAUUUUUUGAAAAUACCCCGUAUUAUCGUAGCUAAAAAUCUGGAAAGUCCGAGAAUUUGCAAGGUUGAAACCCGUUUACAAUAUUUUAAAUAGUUACUGGUAGCCAAAGAAAAUAACGUAACGUCAUAAGGUAACGAACUCUUGUGUACUCUUGAACAAAUAUUCGAUAUGAUAUUUCUACACAUAUAAUAGGAUAUUCUACUAAGGUGAAAACUAAAAACAAAGUAAUUAUCGUCUGUGCAAUUUCGACAAUAAACUAGUGCUUAAGAUAUAGGAUAAUUUAAACUUACACUAUGAUAUGCACAAAAUGGACAACAUGUCUUAAGGCUGUUCUUGAUGACAAUAAGUUAUUUUAUAAUGCAUGUAUAUCUGAUGUAUAUGUGGAGUAUUUCUAUAUACUAUGAAUUUAUAACUCUGUACUUAGUAUAGCACUAAAAAACGUUCAAUGUUUUUGUUAAUAUCAUUACAGAUCGUUAUUUGUUAGUUGAAUGCUGAAGUUCGAUGAUUAUUAAAAUGAAUGUAUCCAUUCAAGGGAAAAAGGAAACGAAAUAAAAAAGGAAAGAGAAGUGGAUCUGUUUCGUAUACAGCUUAAUUCUUAGGUGCGGAAAUUAAAUUUAUUACAGUGUAUUUUUGGGUAUACUUACGCGAAUAUCUAGUCUACGCAGGUGAAGAGCAGUAAUGUGUAAGAAUCGAAGGCUGAGAAAGUUCAAAAUUCUGAAUUUGUUCGAACUAUAUAAAUGGGAUUAUUACUACAGACCAAAAGGGAAUUAAUAUUGUGAAGUUACAUGAUUUAAUAUAGAGUCAUUUAAGUGUGAUUUCGGAUCAUAGCUAUUGUCGAGACCUAAAAUAAAUAUCAUUCUGCCAUUAAUUGUCGUAAAUUAAAAAUCAGUAAUACACGAUUCACUGCUCUUAUACUCUGCAAAAAUAAAUUUAUGGCCUUUUUCACAGUUUUCAUAAUAUAUUUAUAUUAUUUUUUUCAAUGAAAAAAUGCAGACCUUUAGUAUAUUC